AUGUGCGGAGCAGGAGGACACGACCACCACGGCACUACCGAUGCCAACACUGACAACAACAGCAACCCACCCAUUCUUGCAUUGCCAGCCCAUCUCUACGCCCAGCUGACAGACGCCCAUUGCCACAUUCAGGACGACCGCGAAAGUAUUCGUACGCUCGUCCAAUCAUGGAACACCUCGACCACCCCCUCUUCCGAUGAGUCUGGUGUCGUACCACUUCUCACCGGGAAGGUCUGUCUUAUGGGCGUUCAGCCCUCCAAGGACUUGGGACAUGCUCCACCUACCACCGAGGACGCCAGCACACUUGCAGCGAUAGAGGCCAACACAGCCUCGCUCUCUUUGAACUCGUCAUCGCAUUCGUCGUCUUCAACCCCGAUUGUGACGGUUAAUUGGAACGACACGGACGUCCAGGGCGACUGGGACUUGGUUGCCAAGUUGGCAGAGACUCACCCCGACCGGUUUGUACCCUGUUUUGGAAUCCAUCCUUGGUUCACGCACAAGUACAAGCCACUUGAGGGAGGGUAUAAGGGCAACACCAUUGAACUUCGAGGCGUCAGUAACUCCAACAGCAACAACAACAACGCUGAGUCAUCCGCGGCCGGUGGUGGAGGCGUGGCUUCGUCGUCGGACUCUCCAUCCUUGUCGUUUUCGUCGGCGUUCUUGACCCCCGUCCCUGGUCCCGGUGUCGGACGAGAGGCGUUCUUGGCCAUGUCGAAGCAAUUGCAGGAGCAGAUGGCUAAGGAGAGUCGUGUGAAAGAAGGUGUUGCUCACACGGAGACCACCAACGACAGGCAAGACGACUCAUUAACGUUGGAGAAGGAGACGUCCACCAAAAAGGAAAACAAGGAGGCAAACGAGGUAAUGGAUCCGACCCCUCUCGAUGUCACGAUACCCAACGCUGACGACGCACGGUUCUCACACUACAAGACCGUCCUCAGUCUUCCCACGUCUGCCUCAGAGUCGUACCUCGCAGACCUUGCCAAGCGCCUGCCAACUCCCCGAGCCCUCGAGCCUGCCCUACAGGAGCUGAGACGUCAACUGGAGGCGCACCCACACGCAGUCCUGGGAGAGAUUGGUCUGGACAGGACGGCACGUGUUCCCGAACCCUCCUUUAUUGCAUCGUCCUCCUCCGAGAAAGAAAGAAGCGAGGACGCGUCUACACCAACAACAGCAGCACCUCAAAAACGAAUCACGCUGGCAUUAACAUCAAUUCAGCACCAAUUGGAUAUUGUUCGGGAGCAGCUCAAACUGGCCGCGGCACUGGAUCGACCCGUCAGUUUCCAUUGUGUCCAGGCCUACGGUCACUGGCAUGACUUCUUGAUCCAGGAGGGCCGUCGACUGCGACAUCUCGAAGCAGACCAGGAGUACCAGAUUCAGCUGGCACAGAUCCAGGCCUCGGGCGGGACGAUACCACUUUUGCAGCCUGUCUUGAGCCCCACGGGUGGUAUGCGUUUGAGCAAGCGCAGUACUGCGAGACUGAAGCGUGAGGCCCGGGAUGCGGCGUGGGAGAGACAUGUUGCCUCGACACUUCAGGAGUCGUCAGAUGAGGAGGACGAAGAGGAGAGUGAUGGGGGCAAAGAUGGUGUCAGUGAUUCGGAGCGGAAACCCAAGGCCAAUGCGACAACAACUUCAAAGGAUAUAGUCCAAGAGACGAUCUCGCCCACUCCUGCUCCGGAGACAACACCCGCUCCUCUCACAACACCCCAACCAGAGUACGAGCCCGUCCUGCCUCCAAGACUCUGCAUGCACAGCUACGGCGGCUCGGUCGAUAUGCUUAAAGCGUUCACUAAACUUGACCACCCACCCGAGAUUUACUUUUCGUUCUCGAUCGUCAUCAAUGGUCGUCUCCAGGAACGAAAACUCAAGGAGCUCAUCCUGGCCGUCCCUGAGAACCGCCUGUUGAUCGAGUCGGAUCACCACUCGCAUAACCAUGUGGAUCAGUUGUUGGUCGAGAUGGUGCUGAAGGUUGCCGAAAUUAGGAAUUGGAGUGUCGAGGAGACGGUUGAGAGGACUGCACGGAAUUGGCACCGCUUUGUCUAUGGAGAUACCGAGCAGUAA